UUGCAUGGGAUUGGAAGCAAUUCCAGAGUAUUCGAGCAACAGACAGCGGCACUGCGCUAUGAACUAGGAGAAAGUCACACCUUCGACUUUGUGGAGGGAACCAUUCCAUGGGAAGCUUCUGUGGAAUCAAUUAUCGAAACAGGGGAGGCAACCUUCGCGUAUUGCGACCCACACCAACCACAAUCGUGUCUGCAGGCGAUCAACGACCUAGAAAGAUAUCUUCGCGUGAAGGGGCCCUACGAUGGGGUGAUGGCAUUCAGUAUGGGUACUUGCUUGGCCCUGACCAUAAUGAUCGACCAUGCUCUGAAAGAAGGCACGCAAGAACCUCCAUUCAAGGUGGCUGUCCUUUUUUCCAACCCCGAAAAGCCCUUUGACAUGGAAUCAUUGCGUCAGGGGCGGAUUGAACCAUGGGAUCCCCGGCCAAUAAUCUCCAUUCCAACAGCACAUAUCUGGGGCUCAACAGAUUACCUCGGUGAGUAUGCGGCACUGGCUCCUGAGUACUGCAGGAAGAGCAGCGAGGCCAUCUUUGUGCAUAAAGGGGGUCACACUGUCCCUACUUCGACAGAAGAGGUGAUACAGAUUGCCAACGUGAUCCACCGGGCGAUCGGCGGGGUUUGA